AUGGUAUCAAACUUCAACAACAAUCUGGAGAGUCGCGUUGCCUCAGGCCAGCUCUGCAGCUCGUUCGGGAUCAAGAUCUCGUCCAACGCGCAGGUGGUCCAGAUGGCAAGAAACGCAGGGUUCGACUCGCUCUUCAUUGACCUGGAGCACGGCUGGCUCACAUUGGCCGAGGCCAGCAACCUCUGCAGCGUGGGCCAUCUUAGCGGCAUCACCCCUUUUGUCCGUGUGCCUCACCAGUGCGGCAACGGCUUCGUCCAGCGAGUUUUGGACGGAGGGGCCAUGGGCGUUGUCUUCCCACACAUCCACAAUGCAGAGGAUGCAAAGGCAGCUGUGAGAAUCUGCAAGUACCCCCCUUUUGGGAGUAGGUCCAUGAUGGGCAACCAGCCCAUUUUCGCCACGCAGGGGGUGAGCAUAGACGAUACGAUUAGCUUCUGCAAUAAGAGUGGUUCUACUGUAUUUGUGAUGAUCGAAGGCAAGGAUGCCGUGGAGGCUGCCAAUGAGAUCGCUGCGGCCGAUGGAGUCGACGUUGUUCUCGUUGGGUCUUCCGAUUUGACCGUGGACAUGGGAAUCGGCGGCCAAUUCAACAAUCCCAUCUAUCGACAUUCAUUGGAGCGCGUGAGUCAAGCAUGCAAAGCACAUGGCAAGAUCUUUGGGGUGGCAGGGGUCUACGAUAGCCCUGAGAUCCAAGACUGGAUCAUCAACAAACUUGGGGCUAGGUACAUGCUUGUUCAACAGGACACCUCGUUGUUAGUGGCGGGAGCUCGGCAGGCAGUCCAGUCUCUACCAAAAGCUAAGCAGAUUUGA